AACGGGCAAUCCUCCAUGCAGACGACAUAUUCCACUUGAAGGUUUCGAAAUUUGAACCAUAAAAAGUUUCCGUGUUCGCCACAGACUUUGACAAAGUUUCUGUUGUGUCGACCUUUCAACUUUGUUCACACAACUCGUUCCCGACAUUCCUUUGGGCUGUCGUGAGUCAAAAAAGUUGUACACGCCUCGUUUUCUGACACUUUCUUCACUUUCCGUCGCCUUCCUGGCUCGUUUUUGUGUCAUUUUAAGGGUGGAAAUGAAGGCAUGAGGACUCAGAGGCUUCACUGACUCGCUUAAAGUGUAUUUUGAAGCGGUAUCACCAUGAAACUCAACGAGAAGAACGUCACCGCGUACGCGACAUGCGCCUCCCCCAUCGACAAAGAUGGCUACCUCCACAAGAAGGGGGAGGUCAACCGAGGCUUCCAGCGUCGCUACUUUCUUCUCAAGGGCAACCUACUCUUCUAUUUCGACAAGAAAGGAGACAAGGAGCCCAUAGGAGUCAUCGUUCUCGAAGGAUGCACGGUCGAGCUCUCGAGCGACGCGGUAGAAUCCGAUUCCCCCAAUGUGUUCGAGAUUGUCUUUCAAGGUCCAGGGACAAGGACUUACGUCCUAAUGGCAGACGACCAUGACGACAUGGAAGCGUGGAUGAAGGCAUUGCAGUGCGCUAACUAUGAUUACAAAAGGCUGCAGGUACAGGAGCUACAGAGGCAACUGAAAGAACUAGAAGACAGGGAGGCAAGGGGAGAAGAGGGGAAUGUUAUGAAUGGUGCAGUAGGGGGGUGGGCACCGCAGCCUAGGGUAAACCCUUUCGAUAAGGACAGGUUUGAUCCAAAACGUGUCGCGCCAAAGACGGGAGUCAACUCACGACCCCGCGGACCCAACCACGACCCCCUCCCCCUCCACCAGUCAGGGGGCCACCCCCUCCCCCGCCUAUCAAACCAGCCCCGGCUCCAACAACCAAUCAGCAAUCAGGGUCAAGUACGUUCUUUACCGCACUCGACACGUCUUCAUUUCAACAGAACGGAAAUGGGAGCGGUUCAGUGAGUACUGCCAAAGCGGCCAGUACUUGGUACAACGCUGCAGUCGAGAGCUCGAACUCGCGACCAAGUUCAACAGGUUCGUCCGCGUGGUACGCGGCCGUACCCCAGAACGUAUCCCUUACCCAGAGUGCACCAGCCAGAGCGAGCCCAGGAGUGUCGAGACACAACGUUCGCUCCGCGGGCACUGCGGGGUCUUCCCAGUUCUACGACACGUCCGGCGCCACGAAAGUCCGAUCGUUCGCUCAGAUGCACAAGGACUUUGGGGCACCCGUGCAAGCGGCCAUUGCAAGCUGGAGAAAGGCACACGAGACUUCGUUGAUAUAACAGAACAUUGUGUUA